AUGUCUGUUACAUAUUUUAUCGUUAGUUUCGUUGAUAUACAAACAUUAUUCAUAUUUUUUAUUGUUAUAUUGUUAUGUUAUUACAUCUUUACUCAUCCGAAAUUACCUCCUGGGCCACCCGGAUGGCCAAUUAUUGGAAAUUUACCGUUAAUGAACAGGAUUAAACCCGGGAAAAGAUACUUAUUUUAUAAGGAAAUGUCAGAAAAAUAUGGAAGUAUUUGUCGUAUUCGGUUCGGAAUCCGAAAUAUGUUUCUGAUUAGUGGUUAUGACAUGGUACACGAAGCCCUGUCGAAUGUUGGAAAUGGUUUGGAGAAUAGGCCAAAUUGGUUGUACACUAUUGAAAAAUCGACCAAAAAUGGUAAAGGAAUCAUAUUCGCAAACGGUAAAGAAUGGAAAGAUGUUAGACGUAUGGCGUUGGUAACAUUGCGUGAUUUUGGAGUGGGAAAAUUGACUAUAGAAGAAAGGAUUAUAGAAGAAUUCCAAGCUGUCAAAGGGGAAUUGCUGAAAGUCACUGGAAAACCGAUCAGGAUGAAGUACUUCUUGAUUCGAGCGGUAACCAAUGUUAUCUGUAGUAUACUAUUUGGAAACAGAUUUGACUAUAACGAUCCAAAAUAUAAAGGACUGGUGAAUGCUUUAGAGGAUUAUUUUAAAACUGAAAAUACAUCUUCCCCUAUAAAUGCUUUACCUUGGUUAAGAUUUCUGCCCGGUCGAAAGCAGGUAAGAUUUCUAUACAUUUUCUUUAGUUUUGUAUCUGAACAAAUAAAAGAGCAUGAAGACAAAUUUGACAAAGACGAUAUUAAAGAUUUUGUGGAUGUUUACUUAAAAACCCGCGAAACGGCAGAUGAUAAGUCCAUGUUUACAGCUGGGAAUAUUUUCCGUUUAAUCAUUGAUCUGUUUGCUGCUGGUACAGAUACUACUGCCAAUACCUUGGAUUGGAUUAUUUUACAUAUGAUAGGAUAUCCGGAUAUCUUACAGAAAUGCCAAGAAGAGGUCGAUAAGGUUGUGGGAAAAGGAAAUGUAGUCCAUCUGGUUCACAGACCCCACUUACCAUACGUUCAAGCUACUAUCCAAGAGGUCCAGAGAAUAUGCAAUAUUUCACCAACAACCAUACCCCAUGGUACAGUAAGGGACACAUCUCUCGGCGGUUACACGUUAACAAAGGAUUCCAUUGUCAUCAUGAAUCUAAUGUCGGUUCAUACAGAUCCUAAAUAUUGGGAAGAUCCCGAGAUUUUUAGACCAGAAAACUUUUUAGAUGAAAAUGGUAAACUUAAACGUAGAAAAGCUUUUAUGCCAUUCGGCAUAGGUGCUAGAGAAUGUAUUGGUGAAAGUUUAGCAAAGAGUGAACUAUUCCUGUUUUUCUCAAACUUAAUUAAUACCUUUAACUUCAGUCGUGUGAACGGAAAAAAGGUCGAUUUUGACGGAUUUCACGGUAAAUCGUUUGUGCCUAAGCAAUAUGAGGUUGUGGUGACACCAAUACCAGAAAAUCUGUGA